CUUCGAUCGGAAAGUUAUCGGCGUGUGUUUUUUUUCUUCCCUCUCGCGCACAAUUAACUCCGGGAGGACAGGAAGAUAUGGCAGCUUCGGCUCACGGAAGCGGAGGGGCAGCUGCCGGCGGAGGCCUCGGUGCCAGUGGCUCGGGUUUCUCGGUCGCCCCCUUCCUGGUGCCGGGCUCCGGGUCGGCCCUGGGGCCGCUGGUCGCCGUCUGGGAGUGGGAAGACGAGGCGGGCCGCUGGAGGCCGUACAGCAGCCGGGUGAGCGAGCACAUCGAGCGCAGUCUCCUGCAGCUACACGGAGCGGCGGCCAAAGGAGCAAGCAGCAUCUCUCUGGGCCAGGCCGACCCCAGGCUGGCACCGUACAUCAUUGAUAUCCCCACACUCACCCAGUUCCGCCAGGACACAGGAAGAAUGCGACAAGUUAGGAGGCAGCUUUAUGCUCAGUCAUCUGCACCAGGACAAGGAUUGUUAUGGCAAUGGGAAAAUGAUGAAGGUGGCUGGACAGCCUACGAAAUGACUAUCUCCAUUUUCAUUGAGAAUUGCCUCACUGGAAGGCAACAGAUGGCUGACUUAGGGCAAUUUGGUUAUAACUACGUAGUGGAUUUGACCACUUCAUGUCAGAUAAACAGAAUCACUGGGUUCAGGAGACGAGUUCAAAGACUUUCUGAUACACCCUAUCCAUCAGCUGUUUUUGGACCAUUUCACAGAGGUCAAAUAUGUUCUUGCAAUCAGUGUCUAGCUUAUACUGGCUCUGGGCCCAUUUUAAAUCGUAGUCGACACACUGUCUCCAACUUAGCAGGCCCUUCUACUCAGCUAACUUCUAACAGGUUAUCUCUAAUGGUGUCUCAUAACCAUGGAUACUCCCCUUACAGCAAGAGGCCGGCAUCUAUGGGCCCAAUGCCUGUCACAAGUACUCUUUGGCCUGCAACCACAGCAACUACUGUAGGUCAAUCUACAACUUCUGGCUCACACUUCAAUGGUUCAAGCAUUCAAACAUUGCCGAUACAGCUGAAUGGUCCAAACAAUGUAUUCCCAGCAUUUGCAGGCAUGACCGCAAUUCUGAUGUGUGCUGCUGGACUGCCUGUGUGCUUCACCCGCGCAACUAAACCCGUACACAAUCCCGACUCGAGAAAAAGCGAUAAAAAACUCAGCACAGCCCGAGAUAAAUCAUUUAGGAGAUCGAAGAAAGUGCCCAGAAAAGAAAUGGUAAAGGACCCAGAGGAGGUGGUAAAGAAGUACAUGAUGAGAAUAGAAGAGUUUCCAGAUGAGGACUGUAUGAUUUGCAUGGAAAAGCUGAGUGCCUUGUCCGGGUACGAUGGACUCUCCCGGAUGAGAAACAUUCAGCCGGGUGCAGUGGGGAAGUUCACAAGAUGUGGCCAUGUCUUCCAUUUGUUGUGUAUGAUGGCCAUGUAUGAAAAUGGAAACAAGGAUGGCAGUUUGCAGUGUCCUUCAUGUAAAAUAAUCUAUGGUGAAAAGACUGGAACACAGCCAAAAGGAAAGAUGGAUAUUUAUUUAUUACCACAGUCACUGCCUGGAUAUCCAGAUUCUGGGUCUAUACAAAUUGUGUAUAAUAUCCCUCAUGGUAUUCAGGGUCCAGAGCACCCGAAUCCUGGCAAACCGUACACUGCCCGUGGCUUCCCCAGGCACUGCUACUUGCCUUAUAGUGAAAAGGGCAAACAGGUUCUGGAGCUUCUCAAAGUAGCAUGGAACAGACGGCUGAUUUUUACUGUGGGAACGUCGAACACAACUGGAGAAACGGACACCGUGGUUUGGAAUGAAAUUCACCACAAAACAGAGAUGGGGUCCAAUGUCUCGGGGCACGGAUUCCCUGACCCCAACUACCUGGACAAUGUCAUUGCCGAGCUGGCUGCUCAAGGGGUCACAGAGGACUGUCUUCGGCAAUAACUGGACAUAUUUGGAAGGGCCUUUCAAGCCAGUGCUGCCUGUGAAAAAAGCCUCUGGUCUUCUGCACUUUCUUUAGAGUUAGCUGUGUUUUUAUUUCCUUCCUUCCUGCUUCUUAAUGCAGUAUCAAUUACAACAGCUGUGAAUGGUAAAGCAAGGGUGCACUGGCUGCAUCUUCCAAAGCCCUGCUGUCUAUCAUCAUAGCACUGGUGAUAUUCCAUUCAAAGGCAGAUCUAGCUGAGCUGGACUCGCAUGUUUCCCCUUCCCUUUCCCUCUAUCUGUUCCUCCCCUCCAGGCACUUUGAAACACUUCAAUACAUGUUUACAUAGCACCAGCCAGCAAAAAACAUCAACAAAUUGAGUGUACAAUGGUUACUUACACAGUUUCUUGUGUAUUGCCUGUCGUAUCGCAAUUUACCACAGCAGUGAUGUUAGAAACUGUAGUAUCUGUAAUUCUUGUGUGUAUCCUUCUCUUUGUUUUAACAUCUUUUAACCGUGAGCAUUAAAAAUAGAAUAGAAUCUAACCACAGUGGAGCAGACAGUGGAACCUUUAUAGCAUGUGCACUAUUACCUGAUCUUAGUGGGGUUAGGAAGUGGAAAACUAUAAUGUGCACUAUUUUCCUCACCCUAGGAGGGUGAGGCAGUGAAAUUUUAAAGCACGUGCACUACUAUCUGAUCCUAGUGGCAUGAGGUUGUGAAAUCCUGUCACAAAUUGUGUAGUUUUGUCCUGCAGCCUGUUUCAUACCUGGGAUGAGGAGGUAUUAUCUGCAAUCAGUAAAUUCAUUGCUUUCCUACUGGCUUCUGUUGUGGUCAGGGAGGCCUAAUAAUAACAAUGAUUUACAUGUAAUAAAGUUUUUCCACUAGCAUAA